AUGUCACAAGAAAUUAUUGAUAAUGCAGAAAUGAAUGAUAUUAACGAGGCUGCUGAAACCACAAAAACAACUGGAAAGGGUAAUGAAGAUAAAAAAAUAUUUGUCGGUGGCAUUCCAUUUGAUGUAACAAAUGAAGGACUCGCCGAACAUUUUUCUCAAUUUGGAGAAGUUGCACAGGCCCAAAUAAAAAUUGAUCGCGUAACAGGACGUUCUCGCGGUUUUGCUUUUGUUGAAUUCGCAACUAAUGAGGCUUGUAAAGCCGCUUUAAAUGCACGUGAACAAAUUCUCGGUACAAAGACCGUAGAAGUUAAACCAGCAAAAUCACGAGAAAAUAAGAAAGUUUUCGUUGGCGGAUUACCAGCCGAGACCGCUGAAGAGGAAUUGCGAAAAUACUUCGAAACUUUUGGAAAAGUAGAAGAUAUUGAAUGGCCUUUCGAUAGAGAAAAUAAAAUUCGUCGUAAUUUCGCAUUUAUUGUUUUCGAAGAAGAGGAUUCGGCUGACCGCGCAUCCAGAAAUCCCAAACAUACAUUUGGGAACCGUGAGUGCGAUGUGAAGAAAGCGGUUCCUCAGGGCAAACGGUUUGCAGUUGGACGAGGUGGUAAUAGUAUGCGUGGUGCUUAUGGUUUAGGUCGCGGUAUAGGCGUUAUUAAUGGAUGGUAUCCGCAUGCAGCAUGGAGUCAAAUUAAUGCUUUUGGUGCUUAUGGCACUACUGCUGGUGGCUGGGGAGACUGGUAUAAUAAUCCAGCCACGACUGGAUUUUAUCAGCAAGGAGCUGCAACAGGCUUUACUCCUUAUGGUUUGUUCAAAAAAUUAGGUGCUGGAGGCUAUGAAACAUUUCCGCAAGCUCAAACUUUGACUGGACAACGAAUAGGCAAUCAACAACGCGUACAACAACAACAACAACAGCAGCCACAUCAACAGCCCCAGUAUUGA